AUGGCAUCUUCCGCCCCUCCACCACCUGCUCAAUUCCCCCUACCAGCUGUACAUACCGCUCUAUCACCGUAUAUACACCCUCCCCAAGAAACACUUCACAUCCGUCAGCUAGCAACCCAGCACCUCGCCAAUCUCUCCACCGAGAAACGUAUCACAGAUGGUUCCGGCUCUACCGAUGAAUUCCGCCGCUUCCUCGAUUUUGAGCUCGGCCGGAAGGGACCAGAUUCUGGCGUACGGAAGGAGUAUCUAAUCGCGCUACGAGAAAACCUCAAAGCAAAGCGGGAAUAUGAAGCUAUGCUCCGCGAGGGAGAUGACGACAAUCCUGGCGAUGAAGAGGAGGUGAACGAUUUAGAGGAGGAAGGGUGGAGGGAACUAUAUCUCAACACGCUAAAACUACGCCGGCAGCAUGAAAGACUGGAGCUACUCAGAGUUUACCUGAAUACUGUCUCUAACCCUAAUGCUGAAGAUCUUGCUGCAGAGGCUGCUGAGAACUUUAAUGAACAGCCGCCUGCACCACCUAUCCAACUUACUGCACAGAGAGGUACAGGCAUUGGAAGUGAUAGUGAGGAUAUAAAAGCAGGGGUGGAGGCAAUGAUACUACGGCUUGAGAAGGAAGUCGUUGCGGCAUAUGAAGCCCUUGAGAAGGAGAAAAACAGGAUACAAGAUCUUCAGGAAGGGCUUCACGAUGAUCCUCAAGGCACAAAAAAGGAAGCGUUAAUCCGAGCCCGAGAUACACUCAUAUCAUGGCUUGAGGGCCAACUUGCACGUACCACAGCUGGCGGUGAGCCUGAAGACGAAGAUAUGAUGGAUGUUACCUCCGAAGAAGAAGUUGAAGGGGUCUCGGCGCAACAAAUAGUAGACCGGAUUCAAGCAGCUUACAACGACUAUCUCAGGUCCCGAACAGAAUUAGUACAUAUACUUGCCUCUGCACCUUCCAUUGACGAAACCGGGCCCCUUUCUAUAGAUCCUACCGAUCUCCCAACUGAACUUCCGGGUACGAUGAAGAAGACUAUACCUGCACCACCAAUCCUCAGUGUGCUAACAGCGAUGGAGCACCUUUUACCCCUUACUAAAUAUGCAAAAUCUCUUCUCUAUCAACGAACACAGCUCUCAACCUCGCUCUCAUCGCAGCAAAAGAAAUUACUCCGCCUUCUAGAGUCUUCCCUCGAAAAGUUCUCAAUCCAACCUCCCCCUAUCGCCGCUACCACCGUCUCCCCGUCACUCGAGAUGGUAACAGCGCUAGCCUCAACAUCAAAGGCUGCGAUAGCGAAGAAUUGUAUAGAGGUUGGCAAAAAUGUGACUGACGCAAAAAAGACGCUUGAGAACGUUGAAGGAGUGUUGGCGGAGGUGGAAACUUUAGUCGUCAUGCCAAAGAAAGAAGUGUCUAAAAUUCCUAUGGCAAGGAGGAAAAAGAAGGGGAGAAGAGAGGAAGAGGAAGAAGUGGACAAGGGCUUGUGGGGAGGACUAGGAGGUGGGGUGGGGGUUAUUGGGGAUGGGAUCUAA